UCCUAGCUUUCAGUUUAAAUAGAUUUGAAGUUGCAAGGUGCAAAAAAAAAAUGGAAGCCGCUCAGGAAUAUUUGAAAGAGCAGGACGAAUUUAACGACAGCAACAACCCGUCAUCUCCACCUUACAAUUCCCCGUUUCGUUCCACUCGUCUGCACAUUCAGAGGAGUAAUGUCUGCUCUCGCGCUUAUUUCGUCGUGGUCAUGGUCUUCUUUCAUGUUUACAUCCUAAAUGUUAUCGCUCUACUGCUCUACGUGCACUACAACAACGGGCCCGGGGAUCUAGUGAGUGGAGAGGGAGGGUCCUCAGCUGCAGACACCGAUAAUGGAAACAGUUUACCCCAUCCUGCCCCGUCAUCCAGAGAGAUUCAUGCGGAGGAUUACAGUCAGAGUUUCAGUCUCCCUCGCAUUGAGGGGAUACGGGUUGGACAUGUUCAGAGGGUGUCCCUUGUCCCAGACAAAACACAUGAAAUGAAGACGCUCAGCCUAAAACCUUUGCUGUUUGAGAUCCCUGGCUUCCUGUCUGAGGAGGAGUGCCGUGUGGUGGUGCAGCUGGCUCAACUCAAGGGCCUGAUGGACAGCCAGGCGACAGCAUCCAGCCAGGGACAAGAGGAGUCAAACCAGCCACUGCUUUCUCUCAGCACAGAAGAGGUCUUCAGUCUAUUGGACUUGAACCAAGACGGGCUUCUUCAGAAGCACGAGAUUGUGAGUCAUUCACAUUCUCAAGAUGGAACUUGGUUGAGCCCCGACAAUCUACGGCAGAUACUGACUGGACUGGAAUCCUGCCCAACAGGGAUGCUGACACUGGGGGAUUUUAGGCAUGUUUAUGAUGUGUCCCAGCAUCCAGGACAAGAGAAAGAUGGGAAGCUUCAUAGUCGGUUUAGACAGAGAAGCAAGCACACCUGGCUUUACCAAGGCCCAGGAUCUCACCAUGUGCUGCGCAUGCUCAGGAACAGAGUUACCAGUCUGACACGUCUGCCCUCUGCAUUGGUUGAACUGAGUGAACCACUGCAGGUCAUUCGCUAUGAACACGGGGACUUUACUAACGCCCACUAUGACAGCAGCACUUCCCACUCAGAGACUACUUGUGCACACACACAAUUGGCAGGAAACACAUCUGCUCUCACAGAGGUCCCUUGCCGGUAUCUUACCAUUUUAUUCUACCUCAGCUCUGUAGAGGAAGGUGGUGAAGCCACCUUUCCUGUGGCAGACAAUCGUACCUAUGAGGAGCAGGCACUUGUCCAGGAUGGAGUUGAUUUAACAGACACCCAGGAGACAUGUAGUAGAGGGAAUCUGAGAAUUAAAUCUACUGCUGGGACAGCUCUACUGUGGUACAACCAUCUCUCUGAUGGCAGAGGUUGGAUGGGUGAGUUAGAUGAGUAUUCCCUUCAUGGCGACUGUCCGGUCAGACGUGGGGUGAAGUGGGUGGCCAACAGCUGGGUAAAUGUGGACCCAGAUUACCAGCAGCAAGCCCGCUACCAGAGACUAGUUGCUCAAAGGCAUCAAGCUAAAUCAAGCAUGGAUUAUCAGUCUCUCUCACACAGCGACCUCCACCAGGAUCUAUAGCUGUCUGUUUUUAUUGACAAAAGUCAAUAAAAAUGGCUGUUGUGCAUCACUGGCUGUACAUCACUACAGCCAGUGAGGUCUGACAGAUUUUUUUCUUCCUUUUUCCCCACAUUGCCAGACGUUAGAGUCAGAUUGAAAAUGGCACAAAAAAUAGUAUUACAUGUCUCAUCUCUUCUCAUUUCAGUGAAUCUGUCUUGUACGUUUACUGAAUUUAGGGAUUUUAAUUUGCAGUUAUGGAGACUUCAUUGAUUUCUGCACAAGAUAUUUAGAAAGCAUAAUUAACAAGUACAAAUAAAUUUAAUAGAUAGAAUGCCAUGCUUUACACAUAUAGAGUAACAGGUAUGUUAUUUAUGGGCCCCAUGUGUGAAUGGGAAAAGAUGCAGUCGUGUUUAAGAGAUAAGACUGCUUACCUAUCUUCCUUUUAGGUUUACUAUGCUGCUCCUCUUGCAGGUCUGUUAUUAAUAUGGAAUUCAAGCCUUUUGUUACAAGCCAUAUCACUGUAUUUAUAAGUGAAUGUGUUCCCGAGAGAAACCUUUGUGAGAUCUUGUAUGUCUGUUUUGUUCAUCAGUUUUGCUUACAUUGGAAAUGAGCUUUCAUCAUGAUGUGUCAUUUAAUAAUUGCAGGAAUUAUUCUCCACUGUACAAAAUGAUCACUUGUCACGCUGGCUGUGCAAGGCAGUCCUUCAGGAGUAAUUUCAAUUAGAAUUCUAGCAUUUCAACUUGUGUGUUUUUAUUCUCACAACUCAAAUAUAUUUAAUUGUCUGAGACUAUUUAUUUCAAUGUUAUUUAUUGUCACCGUCUGGUGAUUUAAGUUAAAUGAAUGCAUAUUUAUAAAAGCUUGAUGUUGCACUGAAUCUGUUUCUGUGUUUUAUUGUAUUUGAUAUGUUAUUAAAUUCCGUGUAUUAAAGCAAUGGUAUAUAA